GCCUGGGCAGAUGAUGUCAGGAGAUUUUGGAAAAUGUUUAAGCAUCCAGUUUCUACUGAGCUAGUGGUUGUCACUGGGAAUCAUGACAUUGGAUUUCAUUAUGAAAUGACUACUUACAAGGUAAAUCGAUUUGAAAAGGUUUUCAACUUCACCUCAGGAAAACUAAUAACUCGAAAAGGAAUAAACUUUGUCCUAGUGAACAGCGUAGCCAUGGAGGGGGAUGGCUGUGCUGUCUGCCGCACCUCAGAGGCAAAGCUCGUGGCGCUUUCUCACAAACUGAAUUGCUCCCAGCAGAAACUGAAUCACUCCAACAAAAGAUGCAGUGAUGUGGAAAAGCUUCCGGCUUCAGAACCCAUCCUUUUACAGCACUACCCUCUCUAUCGGAAAAGUGAUGCUGAAUGCAGCGGAGAAGAUGCUGUUCCUCCAGAGGAGAGGAACAUCCCGUUUAAAGAGAAGUAUGAUGUACUGUCUCAAGAAGCAUCACAAAAGCUGAUAUGGUGGUUUCAUCCCCGUUUGAUUCUCAGCGGCCAUACACACAGUGCUUGUGAAGUGCUGCACGCGGGGAACAUUCCAGAAAUCAGUGUCCCGUCAUUCAGCUGGAGGAAUAGAAACAACCCUAGUUUCAUCAUGGGCAGCAUAACACCAACUGACUUCGCCCUCCAGAAAUGCUUCCUUCCGUAUGAGAGCAGAGUCUCUACUGUAUACUGUGCAGCAGGUGCUCUGCUUGUAAUCCUGAUACUAGCUCAUUUUCAGCUUCUCACUCCGCCAUUUUGUUUUGCUCAGCGUUUAAUCAGUAAGCAUAAAGCAGUAUGAAGAGCCAGACAUCUGCAUUCAGUCACUGAAAUACCAAAGCUGAGAACAGUCAAACAUCAGACUAUAUUCAUGCCAGCAAAUGACCUAAUUUGAUUGCUAGUCUGAAGGCAGGUUGCAUUUACACAUACCACAGAAGUCCUAUACAGCUGAUAUGACUACUACAGGAUAAAUAAUCAACUGAAAUGAACGGUUCAUGCUGUACAAAAAUACUGUAUUCUACAAUCAAAUGAGUCCUUUUCCUGCUAUAAUUUUUGUAUCAAAUAUGUAUAUUAAAAGUGUAACUGUACAUUAUGUAAA